AUGCUCCAAGUAGGCGUAGCGGGCAUGUGGCGCCCAGCGCGUGCGCAGCCGAAGACAGAGUUGCUUGCUGGAGGGGUCAGACCAAAUCCGAGCGCUAGGGUGAAGCUUGGCACAAAGGACGACAUGUGCAGUUUGGCUUCGACAACGUCAAGUCGUCCUGUCGCCAUGUCCGUGACCGUAUUCUUCGGUACACGUUGGAGUCUGAAUGCCAGGACUCGAAGGUGCAAAGCAAGGGCCCUGCCAGACGAGGAGCGAUACUGGGAGCUCAGUGAGGAGGAGCGUGCGCGAUUCGUGGAGGAGAUGGACACCAAUGCACCUUAUCGAUACCUCCUCCUCUUCCUUGCUGCGCUGCUUGUAGGCAAGGCCUUGCCAGAUGCAGUGUUCUCCUACUUAAAGAAUUUGGCCGGGAUUCGUGGUGCAGUGUUGGACCCGUCCAUGCUUGCCUUUGACGCCCUCCUCUGCGGGCUUGGAGUAGGCCUGGCAUAUGCCGCGCUGACUUUGCUAGGCGCACCCGAGCUUCCAGAGCCGCCGGAAAGAGAGAAGUCUGCAGGUCCGCCACCAAAAUAA